GAGAGACGGAGAAUCAUUCGCGAAAUCCAAUUAGAAUUGAAUGUGUGCCCAGAGCGAGAACUGAUAAUGGCAGCCAGGCGAAGGGGCAAAGGGCAAUCGAAAUGAGGAGAGACCAAAAGUGAGGCCAAUAAAAAGGCGAUAAAAUUGACGGCCACACAAGUUGAACACAAAACAAAGCACAGAGAAGGAGAAAGAGAAGGAGAGAGUGCGAGUGAGAGUGAAAGGAAAUACACAGAGUGCAUAAAAAGGCGAUAUAUAUUCACAAACGUGUUUAUCAGCAACAGAGAGUGAGAGCCCGCAGCUGUACAGAGAGACACAGACAGAGACAGAGAGAGUGAGAGGGGCAGACAGACAUCCGAGUGAGAUAGCAAUUCAAAUGCCGUGGUGAUUAAUGGGCCAGGGGCCAUUGCAGCCGGAAUGCGCAUAAUUCACCUGAGAAAAACGAGAUAUGGCCAACAGCAAAGACAAUUCAUUGGAGCUGAAGCUGGAGAUGGAGGUGGCUUUAGGUGGUGGCCCUGGCUGCUGGUGGUGCUAUUGCUACUCCUACUGGAGUCCACGGCCAUGGAGUCCUCGGCUGAACUGCAGGCCAGCCACAAUGUCGAGCUGUUGACGCUGCCAACGAGUGGAGCAAUUAAACAAAUCCACAGCCAGGUUCGAAUGCAGGUUGGCGGCUCAAUUAACAGUGAAACACAUCGAAACCGUCCAGUUCCACACUCCCACAACCUGCCCCAUUCGAAUGGAGAGCACUGGAAGAGCAGGAGAACGAAAGUCAAGCGACGACAGCGUCUUAAUUCGCACAGCAACUUGCCCGCCUCCAAUUUGCCCGCUGCUCCAACGAAUCUCAGCAGUUGGCAGCAACAACGUUACCUGAAAGUGAACCAGGUGUUUGAAAGUGAACGUCGCAUGUCCCACGACGAGAUUCAACGCAAUCACGGCAAAAUUGUCCUACUCGGUCUAUUCGAGCUAUCCACCAAACGAGGACCUCGUCCAGAUGGACUCAGUGAACUCGGUGCUGCCACAAUGGCCGUGGAACACAUCAACCGCAAACGAUUGUUGCCCGGUUACACCCUCGAACUGGUCACCAACGACACACAGUGUGAUCCUGGCGUGGGCGUGGAUCGUUUCUUUCAUGCCAUCUACACUCAACCCUCGACGAGAAUGAUGAUGCUGCUGGGCUCCGCCUGCUCGGAGGUCACGGAAAGCCUCGCCAAGGUGGUGCCCUACUGGAAUAUUGUACAGGUCUCCUUUGGCUCCACAUCGCCAGCCUUGAGCGAUAGACGUGAAUUCCCGUAUUUCUAUCGCACCGUUGCCCCGGACUCGUCCCACAAUCCGGCCCGUAUUGCGUUCAUCCGUCGCUUUGGCUGGGGCACUGUGACAACGUUCUCACAGAACGAGGAGGUUCAUUCGCUGGCUGUCAACAAUUUGGUCACUGAGCUGGAGGCAGCCAACAUUUCCUGUGCGGCGACAAUCACAUUUGCGGCAACCGAUUUCAAGGAGCAGCUGCUGCUCCUCAGGGAGACGGACACACGCAUCAUUAUCGGCAGCUUCUCCCAGGAGCUGGCACCUCAGAUCCUUUGCGAGGCCUACAGGCUGCGCAUGUUUGGGGCCGACUACGCCUGGAUCCUGCACGAGAGCAUGGGUGCACCUUGGUGGACCGACCAGCAGACACCGUGCACCAGACACGAGCUUCAGCUGGCCGUCGAGAAUCUCAUAGUUGUCUCCACCCACAACAGCAUCGUGGGCAAUAAUGUCAGCUACAGUGGACUGAACAAUCACAUGUUCAACUCGCAGCUGCGUAAACAAUUUUCGCAGUUUCACAAUGAGGACGCAACUGGCAGCCGCAGAAAAGCACCACAAUCGGAUUUGCGGACCAGAAAGAGGCGUGGCACCGCCAGCCAUUUGCUGCCGGAGGCCAUUUCCCAAUAUGCACCACAAACAUAUGACGCCGUGUGGGCAAUCGCAUUGGCUCUUCGGGCUGCCGAGGAGCAUUGGCGACAGGAUGCAGCUCAAUCGAAGCUGGAUGGAUUCGACUAUACGAGGAGCGACAUGGCCUGGGAGUUUCUCCAGCAGCUGGGCAAGCUGCACUUCCUUGGAGUAUCGGGUCCUGUCUCGUUCAGCGGACCGGAUCGAGUGGGCACCACGGCCUUCUAUCAGAUCCAGCGUGGCAUGCUGGAACCUAUAGCUCUGUAUUAUCCUGCCACAGAUGCUCUGGACUUUCGCUGUCCUCGGUGUCGGGCGGUGAAGUGGCACAGUGGUCAGGUGCCGAUUGCCAAACGUGUCUUCAAGUUGCGUGUGGCAACGAUUGCUCCACUGGCAUUCUACACUAUUGCAACACUGUCCAGCGUGGGCAUUGCUCUGGCCAUUGCCUUUCUCGCCUUCAAUCUACACUUUCGCAAGCUCAAAGCAAUUAAACUUUCCAGCCCCAAGCUGAGCAACAUCACCGCAGUGGGAUGCAUCUUCGUUUAUGCCACCGUCAUCCUUUUGGGCCUCGACCACUCGACGCUGCCAUCGGCUGAAGAUUCCUUUGCCACGGUUUGCACGGCACGCGUGUAUCUGCUCUCAGCUGGAUUCUCACUCGCCUUUGGCUCGAUGUUCGCAAAGACAUAUCGGGUGCACCGCAUUUUCACACGCACCGGCAGCGUGUUCAAGGACAAAAUGCUGCAGGACAUUCAGCUAAUUCUACUCGUGUGCGGCCUGUUGCUUGUGGAUGCCCUUCUCGUCACUCUGUGGGUCGUUGCCGACCCCAUGGAACGACAUUUGCAUAAUUUGACACUCGAAAUCAGCGCCAUUGAUCGGAGCGUUGUCUACCAGCCUCAGGUCGAGGUUUGUCGCUCUCAGCACACACAGACCUGGCUGAGUGUCCUCUACGCCUACAAGGGUCUCCUCCUCGUCGUGGGCGUCUACAUGGCUUGGGAGACGCGUCACGUCAAGAUUCCCGCCCUGAAUGAUUCCCAGUACAUUGGCGUCUCCGUCUACAGUGUGGUCAUUACCAGUGCCAUCGUUGUGGUUCUGGCCAACUUAAUCUCCGAGCGGGUAACUCUGGCCUUUCUAACCAUAACUGCACUCAUCUUGACCUCCACAACGGCGACUCUCUGCCUGCUCUUCAUACCCAAAUUACACGCCAUCUGGGCACGCAACGACAUCAUCGAUCCCGUGAUACACAGCAUGGGAUUAAAGAUGGAGUGCAACACACGACGCUUUGUCGUCGAUGAUCGAAGGGAACUUCAGUAUCGGGUUGAGGUGCAGAAUCGUGUUUAUAAGAAGGAGAUUCAGGCACUCGACGCGGAGAUUCGGAAACUGGAGCGCUUGCUGGAGUCUGGACUGGGUACUGCCUCGACCACGACCUCCUCGUCCACCUCGCUGCUGGCGGGACACGGACAUCUGAAGCCGGAACUGACCGUGUCGAGUGGAAUUUCGCAAGCUCCGAUGCCGAACAAAUCGCGUACUCCCAGCAUCUCGGGAAUUCUGCCGAAUCUUCUGCUGUCCGUGCUGCCUCCGGUGAUUCCUCGGGCGAGUUGGCCUUCGGCGGAGUAUAUGCAGAUCCCCAUGAGACGCUCGGUGACUUUCGCCUCGCAGCCGCAGCUGGAGGAGGCGUGUCUGCCCGCCCAGGAUCUGUUCAAUCUCCGGCUAGCACAUCAACAGGCUACAGAGACCAAAAUGGGACUGAUCAAUCGAUUGCGAGGUAUCUUCACGCGCACCACGAGCAGCAGCAAGGGAUCGACCGCCAGUUUGGCGGAUCAGAAGGGUCUCAAGGCCGCCUUCAAGUCGCACAUGGGACUCUUUACGAGAUUGAUUCCCUCCUCGCAGACGGCCUCCUGCAAUGCCAUCUACAGCAGUCCAAAUCCCAAUCCCGGCGACGCCGGCAACCUGGCCACUGGGAGCAGCUCCAAUGGCUGCCAUCUAAAGCCAAUUCACCGUGGUUCACUGACCAAAAGUGGCACCCACCUCGAUCAUCUGACCAAGGAUCCCAACUUCUUGCCCAUUACCACAAUCUCCGGUGAACGCUUCGAUCUUGAAUCCGUGACCGAUGUGUAUGUGAAGCUGGCCGAGACCAAGGUGAACUUUCAGCUGCCCAGCAGUCGACGUCCAUCGAUGGUGCAACCAGCCCCGAGCUUAAGGGAGCGAGUUCGAGGAUCUCCCCGCUUUCCACAUCGAAUUCUUCCUCCCACUUGCAGUCUGAGUGCUCUGGCCGAAUCGGAGGAUCGUGGUGGUGGUGGUGGUGGUGUAUCAGAGGCGUCAACCAUUGCGGGCAGUUGCAAGAGCAUACCACGCAUCUCGCUGCAGCAUGCCACAAGCGGUGGCAACUGGAAGUCCAUGGAGACGGCGGCCAAGUCGCGACUCUCGCUGGACUCACAGGAGGAGCAGCUGAAUGGCAAAGCAGGCGAGCUAGCAGCGCCAUCAAAUGGACUUGAAUAA